UGGAAAUGUCAAGGAUGUAUCCAUUUAUGGCUUGUCAAUUUCUCUUAUUUUUUUCUGUGUAAUUUUUGUUUGAAGUUGAAUAACGGAAACUCCGAAAUAUGUUAAUGGGUUUGAGUUACAAUGGGCACCGCUGAGACGCUUUCUAAUUACAUGCCCACGGACGAUAGCACAUAACUUAUUUAAAACAAGUGAUAUUGUUCGGCAAAAGUUGGAAAAGUUAUCGCUAGUUGUUGGGAAAUAUUUUUUUGCCGAUUCGAACGGAACGUACGAUUUUACAAGCUAUCGAAUAACACCGAUUAUUAAACCAAACGAUAAUUCACCAUCGUUUUUUAUUGCUGUCAUAUGUGCUCAUCCAUAUUUAAUGACGAUAUUGGACGAUAAAGCCAAAAUAUUUCUGACGUUCAGAUCCAACAAUAUGCAAAAUUCGACCACAAGAUGCAUCUGCAGAAAGUGGAAUGUCUGGUUGUCCUGUUAUUAGUCUAAAUUUGCUGUUCAGUGAUUCAAAUACUAGUUUAUUAGGUACAAAUAUGGGUUUCUUCGCGUGUAAUAAAACAUGCAACAAUUUCUUAACUGUCCAUCAGCUAGCAUGGGCUGCCUAUUAUGGUUUGGUAGUUUAUCCAUUGUUGAAUCCUCAAACACAAGACCAGUUAUUGCCAUGGUAUCGUAAACACGAGAAUGAAAUUAACAAAUUUCAAGCCGCAGUCCAGAAUUCCAAAAUACAAAGGUGA